CGCGUGGCGCGUUCUUCCUGCCCGAGAGCGCGUGGAAUGACUAGCUAUAAUUGUAGGCCUGCUGUCUUCGUGACUGGCCUGAGGCUGGGCUCCGUGACCUGCACGUCGAAUGCGUCGGCCAAUUCUGACAAAUAGGUGAGCCAGGCCUGUGCAGAGUAGAGGCGGGGAGGCGCGACCGGCAACGGUGCUCGACAAUCAGAAAGGAGCGGGCUCCUCGACCGAAGGCUGACAAAUCAUGGCUGCCGAUACGGAUCACGCAUACCGGAAUAGAGGUGGUCUCGAAACAAGGGCAGGGACCGAACAGAAGAGAGGCGACGAACACGAACCUGGCGCUGAAAGAAUAAGGUCCGACAACGCAAGCAGGCGGGGAACCGACACUAGGCGGAGCACCGAAUUGGAACGAACGCGGUCUAUUGUGGAGGAAGAUGAUCGCCCGCAUUACAGUCCUUCGUCGGACAAGGCAAGGGGCAAGGACAGAGCUCAGGCGAAAGAUUUAGGCUAUCAGCGCGACGAUCGCACGAGGGCUGAAAGGGCCGAGCCAAGGAUACUCGAGCGGUCCAGCCGACAUAGGGCUUCUGUAACUGAAAAGCAGCCUGACGACGAACCCAGCCUGGAAUACGACACCAACUCCAUCGGUGCUGGUUACGAAGGAAGGUCGGCUUCCAAGAGCAAGGGGAAAGCCCGCAAGCCAGAGCCGGUGGUGCCCAAGAGAGAAUCGAGGCGCUUGAUGUCCGAAAGGGAUUAUCGCGAGAACCUCGACCGUGAUACGAGAACCGAGCAUGCCCGAAGGUCGACCCGGAAAGAGCCCUCGGAACAUCCGGUACGACAUAGGAAAGCCGAAAAAGAGGCGGACGAGACUCGUGGGCCUGGUGACUUCAGAGAGCGCGAAGCAAACGCUGUGGUGAAGGAAAGGAAGUUCGCAACUGAGCCGAAUGCACGUCCCACCUCUGCGAAAAAAGGCCACGCAAAGCAGGUGGCGCAAGAGAAAGGCCCAGACAAGACACCUGCAAUCGUCGCCGGCACGUUGGAGGGCGAAGAGAAGUACUCCACGGACUCCGAAGAUUAUUACGAAGAGAUCACUGAAGAAGUCUUAGAGCCGGACCCCCACGACUUGCGCCAAGGACGCGGUGGAGUUAUAAUCCGUCGCACGACACGUUCCACUUCGAAAACGCGAAAGUACGGCAAGCCGAACGCUCGUAAGUCAGGUGCGCAGCCCAGUUCAAGGCAUAAGACAACCACCGCUAGUGAGAAAAAGCAACACGACGACGAGAUUGACGCAGAAAAGAAGAAUGAGACCCCGACUAGCGACGCGGAAGACUCGUACCUGCCAGCGCUAGACAGCGAAGAGAAGGAGACGGGAACGUGUCCCUGUUGCGGAUCCUGCUGGCCUAGUCACAUGGAUGAGUCGCGGAUGAAGGCGGUUCAAGGAAAAAGCAGAAUUUGGCGACGUCGCUUGCGCCGUGGUGACGAAGGCCCUGUCGGAGACGAAUGGUACGAGGUUCGUAAUUUCGGGCCCAAGCAGAACUCGCGCUUCAAGCAAAAAACCGACAAGGCCAACACCGACGGCGGUGGUAUUCCUCCGUAUUCCGCACAGCAACUAUACCGCCCGGCAGUGCAGGGACAAGACGUCUACUAUAACGCCUAUCAACCGAACCUCCAAAGCCCCUACCAGAGACCCCAACAUCCGUUGUUCCCAGCUUCUAUGUCCUUUCCGCAGCCGUACCCGAUGCCACCAGCGAUGGUGGGCGCGUAUUGCGGGGCUGCCCAGGCGAACUCUGCGUUUCCCGCGGCUACCAGUGGCUACUGCCCCACGUGCCGCGCGCAAGCGCACUUGGGGCCGCUGUCGUUCGGCUGUGCUCAGCCGGUGCCGACCAUUAGCAUGGAGGACUUCUUACGCCGCGAGCAGCGUGUGCGCCAAGAAGAGAGGCUGCGCCUAGAGGAGAAGCAGCUGCGGGAGGAGAAGCUGCGACGCGAAGAGCGCCUGCGCCAGGAGGAGCGGCUGCGGCGCGAACAGCGGGCCCGCAAGGAGGAGCGAAGGCGGCGCGAGCUCGAGGAGGAGCGGCUGCGCCAGCAAGAACGACUGCGCCUCGAAGAGCGCUUUCGCGAGGAGCGCCUCGAGCAACAGCGCAGGGAGCGCCUCGAGAGGCAGCGGCGCGAGCGACUCGAGGAGCAGCGCCGCUACAACGACACCCUGCGUCGAGCGCUGGCCGAGCAGAGGAUGGCCGCCGACCGCGGUGCUGCGGUCCCUCCCAGCGGCUUCCUCGACGAGGUCUUGAUGAGGGGCCGUCUGCGACCGGCGCCUUGCUCAGUUUCGAGUAGAACGGGCUUGCAGGACGGGCUCAGGACGCGCGAUCUGUUGCUCAGGGAUUCGGAGCGACCAGCUGCGUCGACGCGAGGCGCCAGUCGCCCUCUAAGCUGGGAUGACGUGAAGCGCUACACUGAGACGACCGGAGACCCGCGGGACGGCUGGGGACCUCCAUCCCGUGGCGGUGGCAGGUUUCGCUAGGGACGCGCCGCGGUAAAUCGAGUGUGCGCGCGCUUGGACACCGUCUGAACUGGGACGCGCUGCAGCGGACCCAUAUUUUUCAUCCAGUAAGCGUCCGUUGCAGAACAACCAAACCGGCCUAGUAGAAUGCACCGAGGACGACAAAUGACAUCAGCCCACCCCUUAUGGUUUGGCAAACGAUAAGUGCAGCGAAGUAGCUACGCAGCUUCUCCGCAGUUAGCAUAUAUGUGCAGUGAAGCUACCUUGCAAAAAGGCACCACAUAUAUUAUUUGUCGUGCCGAGUUGCUUGAAAAUUAGCGCUAGAGAGGCGGGAAUCACCUCUACUUAUCGGACAAUUGGCCGCAAAACUAUCAAGAUUCAUUACGAUGUAUUUUAUGGUGGAUGUGCUUGAAACGAGCGGAUCGUCUGUGAACAUAGCGCACGUGGUGGCUUAAUGUCAGCGCAAUUCGCCGUUCUUUUAUUUUUUUAGUGCAACCACUCCUAAUAUAUCCUAUAUGUGACAGCUAAGAGGUAUGCCAAGAUGACGUUAGAAUUAAUUUGCCACCGGCUAUGUUGUCGCCUAUCUAAAAGGUACUCCACCAUCUAUAUCAAUAUAACCUUUUCACCUUUA